UAUAAAUACCCAUCCAUCGUAAGUUGGUAGCAUACCAUAAGCAACAGCAACCAUGGCCAUACACAAAUCUCUCCCCUUUGCUUUUCUACUCAUUUUGUUAGCCUUUCUUUCUUUCCAAGCAAUAUCAUUUGCAACAGCAGCACCAUCAUCCACACUCUCAGAAGUAGAGGCUCUCAUGAAAUGGAAAGCCAGCCUCUCAGCAUCACAAGCUCUCCAUUCAUGGUCUCUUCCUUCUGCUAAUUCUACCACCAACAUAAUCUCUCCAUGCAACUGGACUGGGAUCUCAUGCAACAUCCUUGGAAGUGUAACAAGGAUAAGCCUACCGAGUCUGGGUUUGCAAGGUAAGCUCGAUAACUUGAGUUUUCCGUCAUUUCCAAACCUCCUUCAUCUUGAUCUCAGCGACAACACACUCAUAGGAACCAUUCCAGCCCAUCUUGAACCUCUUUACAAACUCACGUCCCUGAAUCUGUCUGCAAAUGAAAUAAUUGGAUCAAUACCUCUGGAAAUAGGUAAUCUUGUGAAUUUGGAUGAGCUUGACUUGUCCUUUAACCAUCUAGAUGGUUCCAUCCCUUCCACUUUAGGAAAUCUGACAAAGCUUUCCUUCUUGUACCUGGAACAAAAUCGAAUCUCUGGCUCCAUUCCUUCACAAAUCGGGAAUCUACAAGCUCUGGUUGAAUUGUCGUUGUUCCAAAACAGUCUGACUGGUCGGAUCCCUCUUGCUUUAGGUAAUUUGAGCAACCUUACAAUUUUGCAUCUCUACAAAACCCAAGUUUCUGGUUCAAUUCCACCAGAAAUAGGGAAUCUGGUUAAUCUCAAGGAGCUUGACUUGUCCACUAACCUUCUAACAGGUUCUAUCCCUUCCACUUUAGGAAACUUGUCCAUGCUCACUCUUCUUCAUCUGUUUGAAAAUCAAUUCUCUGGUUCUAUUCCUCCAGAAUUAGGGAAUCUAAGGAAUCUUGCUGAGCUGGAUUUGUACAGUAACCUUCUAACAGGUUCUAUCCCUUCCACUUUCGGAAACUUGACCAAGCUUACUUGGUUGGGCCUUUAUAACUGUCAAUUAUCUGGUUCAUUGCCUCAAGAAAUGACAAACAUGACAAAUCUUUCUCAACUCUACUUGGAUGGCAACAACUUCUCUGGCUAUUUACCUCAGUUAUGCCACGGUGGAUCUCUUGAAACCUUUACUGCUUUCAACAACCAUUUCACCGGUGAGAUCCCAAGAACCUUCAGAAACUGCACUAGCUUAAGGAGAGUGCGACUCAAUGGAAACCAACUUGCUGCAAAUGUAUCGGAAGCCUUUGGUGUAUACCCUCACCUCAUAUUCAUGGAUGUCAGCGACAACAUGUUGUUUGGUGAACUCUCACCACAUUGGGGAGAAUGCCAAAACUUAACAAAGCUACAACUCUCCGGGAACAAUAUCACUGGUAGAAUUCCUCCUGAGAUUGGGCAGUUGGGGCAGCUAAGAGUGCUUGAUCUUUCUUCGAACCAUUUAGUAGGAGAGAUUCCAGAGGAAUUUGGGAGGCUGACUUUUUUGUUCAACUUGACUUUAAAUGAUAACCAGCUUUCUGGUCAGUUACCACAAGAGAUUGGAAACCUAUCCAAUUUGGAGAUUCUGGAUCUGUCAAUGAAUCGCCUAAGUGGUCCAAUACCACCUCAAUUAGGGAAUUGCUCCAAACUCCAUUUUCUGAAAUUGAGUGAAAAUGUUUUGAAUGGAAGCAUUCCUUUUCAGAUUGGUAACUUAGUAUACCUACAGGGCUUACUAGAUCUAAGUCAUAACUCCCUCGAUGGAAGGAUACCUCCACAACUCGUGAAAUUGGUUAGUCUGGAAAAUUUAAACCUCUCUCACAACAUGUUGUCAGGUUCCAUUCCGCCUUCUUUUGAUGGGAUGGUUAGCUUACAAUCCAUUGAUUUUUCAUACAAUGUUUUGGAAGGUCCUCUUCCUAGCAGCAAAGCCUUUAAGAAGGCUCCGGCAGAUGCAUUCAUAAAAAACAAAGGCUUAUGUGGUGAAGCGCAAGGUUUGCGACCUUGCAAUACCUCUUCAAUAAGUCAUGGUGAUGCAAGGAAAUGCCACAAAGUUGUGAUCCUCAUUAUUCUUCUCUUCUCAGUAUUGUUUCUUUUAUUUAUAAUUGUCGGCAUAAUUUCUUCCAUUUAUUAUCAAAGAAGAAGAAUAGAGAAAGGGAUUGUUGAAAGGAGCAGGAAAAAUACAUUUUCAAUAUGGAAUUAUGAUGGGAUUUCCACGUUUGAAGACAUUGUGGAAGCAAUAGAGGGUUUUGAUGACAAAUACUGCAUUGGAACCGGAGGGUAUGGGAAAGUUUACAAAGCAAAUCUACCAAUAGGUCAGGUAGUAGCUGUGAAGAAACUUCACUCACUCGAAAGUGGGAAUCAAUCUAAUCAAAGAAGUUUUACAAAUGAGAUUAAAGCAUUAACGGAAAUCCGCCAUCGCAGCAUUGUGAAGCUUUAUGGUUUUUGUUCUCAUGCCCGAUGCUCAUUUCUAAUCUACGAGUACAUGGAAAGAGGAAGCUUGGCAAGCAUGCUAAGCAACAAUGAAGGAGCUGCACAGUUGGACUGGACUUUGAGGGUGAAUGUUAUCAAAGGUGUGGCUCAUGCUUUAUCUUACAUGCAUCAUGAUUGUACCCUGCCGAUUGUCCAUCGAGACCUAUCAAGCAACAAUGUUCUCUUAAAUUCAGAACUUGAAGCUAGUGUAUCUGACUUUGGGACUGCACGAUUGCUGAUACCCGAUUCCUCAAAUUGGACUACACUCGCGGGCACUUGUGGAUACAUUGCUCCGGAGCUUGCAUAUACAAUGAGGGUGACUGAAAAAUGCGACGUAUAUAGCUUUGGUGUUGUGGCACUUGAAGUGAUGAUGGGAAGUCAUCCUGGGGAGCUCAUCUCCUCUUUGUCAUCAUCAAGUAGACAAGAUACACUGCUAAAAGAUAUGUUGGACCAACGUCUCUCAGAUCCAAUGGCUGAUGUUGCACAGGAAGUCUUAUUUGCGGUAUCCAUGGCUCUUGCAUGCAUUCGGCCAGAUCCAGACUCUCGGCCAACCAUGCGACAUGUGGCUCAGGAGCUUUCUAUUAGAGGGCCUUCUUUCUCUCUACAGCCAUUCCAUGUCGGUAUUCAAAGGUUGUCCUCUGGUUACAAUGGCGAGACAGCCAAGGUUGAGGUCCCCUCUGGUGGUCAGGACUCCAGUUGUUCGUGGAGGUUGUGCUCGGAAGCAUGGACCCAGCUCAUCUCCAUGCUUCGUGUUCUCUCUCAUGGAGGGAGUGGGCUGACUUUCUCUUCUGCGCAUUGUGUUCUUCUUCAUACAGAUCGGAAAUCUCUUGAUCACCAUUUUUAUGUAUGGUCAUUCUGGCGCCCUGGGGAGGUUGAGCAUCAGAAGGCAAUUGGGAGAUUAUUGUUUCUUGUCAAUCACCACCCAGCUGUUGUCUGUCACUUGUAUCUUCCACACCUUCAGCUGGCUGUGGAUUAG